CAUAUUCGAAAACCUCACUGGAAUUUGUUAAAAACUUCCAAUUUUAAACAUUCUAAGGUUGGAACGUCUAGAACUUUGGGUAGCCUAAAAUGUUGUCUUUUGAUUUUCGAUGGGCAUUGUUCAUUGAAUUUUGAAAACAUUCUCUUGAUUAUAUGCCCUAAAACCAUAUACCAGUUUGUCCGAUUUUAGGCCGUGUUAGGCCCGGAAUCAUCAUAAAAUGUUGUGUGCUAACAUAGUAUGACUAUGGAGCUAAGCAGCCUCAUCUCGAUAAUUACUGGUCCCUCUUUCACAUCCAGCAUUUCCUUCGAGGUUGUAGUUUGAUACCACUGAUCAGUGCUUGAUACCCGUAUCAAUGGCAUUUCCUAUCAACUUGUCGGAAGUUUAUGUAUAUCUUCCGCCAUUCAAAUAUAAGCUGAAAGUAACAUACGAACACCUGUCGAAUUAAUUGCCUCGUCCUACAUAAGGAUUAUUCAUUUUAUUAUCAUUCUGGUCUUUUUGUGGUUUUUACCUUAUCAGUUGCCUGCGAGACAAAUACAACAUCCACUUCGUAUCCAAGUAGUGUUGCUAGUUGCGGGUAAAAUGGUCGUGUUGUUUCUUUUUGUUGUCGCUGGUUUAAGUUUAACAGCCGGCGAAUACAUUUGUCAUGAACCGUUUGGGUGCUUUUCUGACGAAGCCCCUUUUCAUCAUUACCUCAUGUCAAAUCCGAAACACCCCCGAGCUGUUGGAACAACAUUCACCUUCCACAGCCUACAUCGAAGGCGCCAUUUCAAAGACUUCAGUAAUCACACGUUGAGAGCAGUUUCAAGGCUUCUGAGAAACAAAAACUUGAAGGUGAUUGUUCAUGGAGCUUUAGAGUCUUCAGAUAAAACAUGGGUUCGUGACAUGACAAAAGGGCUAUUGGGCAAAGGAAAUUCUGACGUCAUAGUGAUGGAUUAUGGAGAAGGUGCCACCGGGCUCAAAGCACCGGGUAAUGCCCGUCUUGUUGGGGCCCAGUUGGCUUACUUACUAAAGUACAUCCUUAAAGGAAGAAAAAUCCAGGAUAGAUAUGUUCAUAUAAUUGGUUUUAGCCUCGGAGCACACGUAGCUGGUUAUGCAGGAACGAGGGUGAAGACUGAUGGUUAUAAACUGGGAAGAAUCACAGGUCUUGACCCUGGUGACCUGCCUUAUGGCACUAGAAUAUACGAAGGAGCACAUCCGUUUGUGCGGCUCGACCGAACGGAUGCUGAUUUCGUUGAUGUUAUACACACUGAUAUCAAAGGCCUGGGAAUAGAUGCACCGAUUGGACACUUGGAUUUCUUUCCCAACGGAGGAGCAACGCAGCCUGGUUGUGGUGUUGUCAAUUUUUUCAACGAAAUUGGGAAUAUUCGCUCAAGGGAGAAAUUUUUUCAAACUGUUGGGUGCCACCACAUUCGUGCCGUUCAGUACUUCAUUGAGUCGCUUUCUGCUACUUCGUGUAACUUUACUGCGUAUCCGUGCGAGAGUUUUGAAGCCUUACAAGACGGUCGCUGCGGAAAAACCUGCGGUAAAGGUGGCUGUCCUGUUAUGGGAUAUAAUGCAAUGAAAUACAGAGAGAUGUCGCAUCUAAAAGGAAAGAAAUUGUAUCUCCAGACAAAUUCGAAAGCGCCAUUUUGCAAUUCUAAGGUUGAGGUUGCCAAGACCAACAUAUUCGCGGCAUUUUUUGAAAAGUUGUUUUCUGCUUCUCCUUGGUAAACAGCCAUGAAAAAGAGACCACUUUAAAAGCAUCUCUCAUAGAUGGACAACAGCAAAUACUAGUAUGAAUUUUAUCUGAGGCCUAAUGCCAUUUUCUACUUUAGCUGACAAAAUACUAUCUUUGACAAUGAAUGAUCUGGUAGACGCAUCUUAAAGUUUUAUACCUAUUUAGCUUAUACUUGCAUUAUGACCUAUAUCUGUGUCGCACCUAAGUUUUAAAUAACAAUUAAUUUCUGCAUACCUUUCUGAACUGCGAAAAAAACAAGAAAAUUUUCUUCUCUACGUUAAGAGAAUUACAGGCUAAUUUAUCCAAAAAGACGCAUCUAUCUCUUUAGGCGUAAAGUUGGUAUGGUUUUAAUAUUUAUUUUAUCAGUUAAUCUAUAUUAGUGGUUUCUACAAAGUUUUAUCUAUGACCAUGACAACUAACCUUCUGAUAGAAGAUGGUACCUGACGAUUACAAAGUUUGGAUGGCUAGUACUUUUAAGCUAUUAUUCACAGAAUUUGGUCUCUCCAUUCAUUAAAAUAGAUCACAUAGAAUGUGCUGAAGUGAUUUUUUUUAAAAAUCUAAAAAACGCAAAACGCGAAUUCCCGACUACACUAAGCUUUACUUCUCACUUACAAAUCUAUUGUCGUUUGCAAAUCCAUUAUGUUACUAGGUAAAACAUUUGCAAACAAAUAGUGUGAAGCUUAACCUUUUUGGUUAUUUAAAACUAGAGAAGAAAAUUGUUCUUCCCUGUGAAUUUACUAUUUCUAGGUCCAUUUUUGCUUUUUCGGUAAGUUUGGCUGUCACAGAGAGGAAUGUCUCAGAGAGACUUGUAAGAGGACUUUUAUGGGGACGACAGCACAUUUAUAUCUUCUAGACUACAAGCGCAAAGGUCAUCGGUUUUAUGAUAAUAUUUUUGAUCACUUUCAAUAUGCUUGCUUGAGCUUCUACAACAUUAAACUCGAACCUGUGGCAACGAUUCUUACGUUACUGGGUCAUGCAGCCUCAUUUUAGAGUGACUUUCUUUUGUAGCCUCUUAUUCAUUUGACAGCUAGUUUCUGCAAAUACUAGUUUGCUUAUGAGACUUACUCUGAUAAGUCAACUAAGCAAGGCUGAUCCAGUGCUAGCUUACUGAUACCACCAUCUUUAGUGGAGAUUAUCCUCGUCUUAUUGGAUCCACGUAGUGCGAACGAUCCUUAGGUUGUUUGCAAAACAGGCAGCUCCCAGCGUACACCCAAAAGAACAUUUAGCUAACCAGACAAAACAAUUCGAAAACUCCUGACCAGUAUUUGAUGUCAAAUGACAAUUGCUACAAAGGAUUUCAAAAAUUAUACCGUUCAUUUACCAUAAUGUUACCAAGGCUGAAAAUGAACAUUAGCGUUCAAUCUUAUGAUUUUAAUAUUCGUGGGUAGGUUGCUAGAUGAUUAUGCGAAAUUCUAUGUCUAAUGAACACACUUGUUGUUGUUCUCCGGCAGCACCUUCUCUGACAGGACCUUCUCCAACAGGGCUGUCGCUAGCGCCCGUGCAACAGGGGAUGGGAGGGGUGUGUGCCCUGAUACCAUUUGCCGAUAAAGUGGGUGAGCCAUCCUUUAUUUGCUGACAUAUCUGAAAAUUUGCCGAUAAAGCACCCCUAAAUCGAAAAUACUUCUCAAGCAAAGAAUCACAAGUUUCAAUAAUUAGACAUUAGUUACUUUGAUCUUGAGAGAUUGGGAAGAAAUUUUUUGAAAAAUUUAUCAAAACUGGACGAAAUAGAUCAGGUUUUACCAACAAUCUGUUCACCUUACAAGAUGCAAAAACUUGCAAUGUCGUCUAAGCUAUCAUAAGAAAUCAGAUAUUUAAUUUUUCAGCUGCUUCAAGUGGUUCACAUGUUGAAUUACAGUAAAACCCGCGUGUAAGAAUCUGGGGAUUUAGGAACCUUCUGAUAAAAAUUUGUUUUUUAAUACUCCAAAAUACAAGAAUCUGUUUAGCCAAGCAAUUUACAACAGGCUCUUGUAUGUGGGGUUUAACCUUUCAAUUUAUAUACUUUAUGUACCAAAAAGCCAAAAAGGUGACAGAAAAUUGUAUUGUCAAAAUAAAACUCAAAAUGCACAAUGUAUGCUAGACUGAACUGUUAGUCUGUUAUUAUGAAACUGUAUCAUUGAUCAAUUUUUGGUGGACUUUUAGCAACAUUGGUACACUAUCAGAUAUUUCGAAUAAAGAGCAGACAAGAUUUAAUGCUAUUUUCUGAUAAUCAAAAAAUAAAUGCUCUGUAAAAAUUAAGAACCUAACUAAGAACCUAUUUAGCCUAAACUGGCAAUAGUACCCCAUAAUACAAGAACCUGUUUUAUCAAUCUCUGAAAAAAGUAGGUUCUUACACGUGGGUUUUUUUCUGUAUAUUUUACUGAGUGACAAAGAACUAUGAGUUAUUUUUUACACCCUUUUGUUAGAUGCCGAUAAUUCUUGGCUAAGCAGGAUGUUUUUACUUUCUGGAAAUUCGAGGUCCGGGUUUUCUUUUUACUUUUCCUUUUCAACAUUGAAUUUUCUACAGCUAUAUACUAUCAGUUGUUUACGGGAUCACUAAAUUUUCAGUUUUGCAAUACAUAAUUAGCUGCACAGUUCAUUUGCUGAUGAA